AUGGCCAUGGAGGUCGCUAAAGCGAAAAAAGACGCCGCAAAGCGGUCAAAGGCGGACGUUGCAGCAGACCGCGAAGCCAGGAAGCAGUUCGCCGAAGCGCAAGAGACAUACGGACGGGGCAAGCAGGUCGCAGUGAAGUCUGUCAGGGACAAGAAACUACGGAGUAACCUGAAGAGCCUCGAGACCAAGUACAAGAAUGCGAUUCUCCAGGCGAAGGACUCGGAGCUGCUCCUUGAGAACGAGGCAGGAUUCAUCGAGGCUGAGGGAGAGCUUGAACGGACAUAUAAAGUACGACAAGAUGAGAUAAAAGAGAAUGUCGGCAUUGAAGUCGCGAAGAACGGAUUUGAACUGAAGUUGGAAGAUCUGGGGCCGUACAAGGCGGACUACACCCGCAAUGGACGGAAGCUUCUGCUGGCUGGGAGAAAAGGCCAUGUUGCUACGAUGGACUGGAGAGAAGGCAAGCUGGGUUGCGAGUUACAACUUGGUGAGACGGUGAGAGAUGCGAGGUGGCUACAUAACGACCAGUUCUUUGCGGUUGCGCAGAAGAAAUACGUUUAUAUAUACGAUCAUUCUGGCGUUGAGAUACAUUGUCUGAACAAGCAUGUUGAGCCAACACAUCUUGAAUUCCUACCAUAUCACUUCCUUCUCGCUAGUGCGGGGAUGAGCGGGUUUUUGAAAUACACAGACACCUCGACCGGCCAACUGGUCGCUGAAAUACCAACUCGAAAGGGAAGUCCGACCUCCCUAUGCCAGAACCCUCAUAAUGCCAUCUUACAUGUUGGGCAUCAGAAUGGAACCGUCAGCUUGUGGUCUCCAAAUUCGCAGACCGCAUUGGUGAAAGCUCUAGUUCACCGUGGCCCGGUACGGUCAGUCGCUGUGGAUAAACAAGGCCGGUACAUGGUAUCAACAGGCCAGGACCAGAAAAUGGCUGUAUGGGAUAUCCGAAUGUUUAAGGAGGUACAUUCAUACUACGUGCAUCAACCUGGUUCGACGGUGGCUAUUAGUGAUCGAGGCCUAACGGGAGUUGGCUGGGGAACUCAGGUCAGUGUGUGGAAGGGGUUAUUUCAAGCCGCCCGGGAAGAUCAGGAGAAGGUCAAGAGUCCUUACAUGGCAUGGGGAGGUGACGGACAGCGUGUUGAGGGCAUACGAUGGUGUCCAUAUGAGGAUGUGCUCGGCAUAGCGCACGACAAGGGCUUCUCAAGCAUGAUUGUACCUGGGGCCGGCGAACCUAACUUUGACGCAAUGGAAGCCAACCCUUACGAAACUACCAAGCAGCGACAAGAGGCUGAAGUCAAGUCUUUGUUAACGAAGUUACAGCCUGAGAUGAUCUCUCUCAAUCCUGAUUUCGUUGGCAAUCUUGAUUUGACUAGUGACAAGGCUCGACGGGAAGCCAGAGACCUGGAUAAGAAGAAGGAAGAUAUUGCUGAAAAACUAAAGAAUCGUGGCCGAGGACGAAAUAGUGCCUUAAGGAAGUAUCUUCGAAAACGAGGAGGCAAGAAUAUCAUAGAUGAAAACAGGCUGAAGGUCGAGGCUAUGAGAAGGGAACAGAACGAGAGAUUGAAGGAGAAACGCCGCAGGGAGAGAGAGGCCUUGGGCCCGGCACUAGAGAGGUUCGUGAAGAAGUAG